UCCUGCUGCCGCGCUCGUCCGCUGUUAUUGAUAUUCGAUGUUUGAAACUUUCCUCAGGGUUCUCGGGCUGCUGAUGAAAAAUGCUGGAUUUGGAAUAAACAUAGUUCUAGUGAAUGAUGGAACAGGAGAAGUUGUGAAGACCGGUAACUUUGACAUGUACAACGGGGACGUGAAGGAGCUCAUCGGGUUCCUGAAGAGCAUCGAGACGGGCACCAUUGUGAUGAUGGCUUCUUACGACGAUCCUGCAACUAAGUUAAACGACGAAGCGAGGAAGCUGAUCUCUCAACUGGGAAGUUCUCUGAUCCAGUCGCUGGGCUUCAGAGAUAACUGGGUGUUUGUUGGUUGGAGAGGAGCGACGGGGACGAGCACGUUAGAGAAGGUGAAGAAGAACGACGCUGCAGUGAAUACAUAUGAACAGUGGCCCGAGCUCAUCGAUCUGGAGGGAUGCAUCCCCAGGCUCUCGGAGAGAGACGCCUCUUCACAGGGACGAGGUGACGCAGCCGGUGAUGUUUAGAACUUAGAGACUUUGGAGGAAUCUGUCUGCAGCUGGUGUGAAAACCACAGGACGCUGGAGGUUCAUUGAUCAUAUGAAGUAAGUUCCAGUGAAUCCACUGUGAUCUUCCUCACGUCUGUGCAGCAGUGAGAACACUUCCCCUGAAUACUGCAUCAGCUGCUCCAGUGGGACCGAUCGUCCUCCGCACAGAGCAGAGCUGCGAUCAGCUCCUCUUUGUCUUUAGAUGGAGUCAAACAUGCUCCUGGUCGUUUUUUUAGUUUUACCACUUUUUGUCUUUUGUCACAUUUGAUUUGACCUUUGCAGUAACUUAUUAAAGUUGCAUCCUUUCUAAACAUGUUUGUGUGAUAUUUCGUAUUUUAUUUUAUAUAUAUAAAGAUAUACAUGUUUAUUUUAUUAUAUUUCUCUAAAUCUUUAUAUUUCCACUCUUGCAUGGAGCAAUUGUACCAAACACAAUUUCCCCCUGGGAUCAAUAAAUGUAUUCUGAUUCUGAUUAAAGUCUUCAAAUAGAUGGUUGUUCUGUGAGACUGGGGACAUUUUUUACAAUAAAUGGGGACAUUUCCCAAAAGGA